CUUACUACACUAAACAUUUUACAAAUUUUACGAAAUCUUAUCUUACAGACAAGGUUCUAGUUUAUAAUUUAAAAGGCCUAAUUUCAUAUUCUUUAAAGGCUACAAUUUCCCCCUUUGCAGUUCAAUUGACUGAUGAGUGAUUAUGAAUUCAUAAAAACUACUUACUUGUCACUCAAGUUCUCAACUCUCACUCAGCAGACUUUAUUUAUUAGCCUGACUUGACUUAGAGCUCCUGAAUAAAAAAUACUUGAUACACAAGUUAUAACAAUCAUGGCUAGUUGUUGCCAUGGUCACAGCCACAAUGAUAGCAAUCAUAGUCACGGAGGAGGAGGUUCUGGAGGGCAUGGACACAGUCAUGGCCCUUCAGAUGCAAGUGAUGCUGAAAACCUAAAGGCUCAAGAAUUUAAUUUAUAUCUGAAGAUCAGAAUGGAUGAUCUAACAUGUCUUAAUGAAACAGAAGAUGGUUCUGGGAAGUUGGUUUUCCGAGCAUUUGAAGAAAGGCUGGAUCAGUCAAAGUUUGUUGCAAGUGAUGUAGAUGAAGAGCUACUCUUUAAUAUCCCUUUUCAGGGAUCUGUUAAACUUAAAGGUUUAUUGAUUAUCGGAGGAGAGCAAGAGACACACCCAAAUAAAAUGCGACUGUUUAAGAAUAGGCCUAAUAUGUCAUUUGAAGAUGCACAUGCUAAACCUGAUCAGGAAUUUGAUGUACAUGUAGAUCAGGAGGGAUGUAUUGAGUACAAACCUAUAGUGGCAAGGUUCAGUGAUGUUCAACAUUUGUCCAUACAUUUCCCGAGUAAUCACGGCCAUUCAGAUAGGACAGAAGUGUUUUACAUUGGUCUCAAGGGGGACUUCACAGAGGCACAUCACCAUGAAGUGACCAUCACAGCCUAUGAAUCAAGAGCUAACCCAGCUGACCACAAAACCAGUUCCCUCAACCAAGUCAAUCAAAUGAUUUCAUAAAUUCAUGCUCUCUCUUUUUAUUUUAGGAUCACUGUUUGCUAAAUUAUAACCAGUAUUUGGUUUCUGAUAAUGAAUUAAGUUUUAAAUUUAUGAUGUGCUUUUAAGCAAUUAAAAACAGCCAACCCUUAAGUAUGGACAAUAUUUUGACUCCCUGGUAUUGUCUCCCUUACAAUGUUAUUAACAUUUUUUUGUCAAGAUU